GACGGAAACAUGUGACUGGCGCUGGGAAAACCUAAAAGGUCAGUUGUGCGCCAUGGACGGCGCCCCGCGGACCUCCAACGCGCUGUCUGCUCCUGCAGUCCUCAGAGACGCCGAAAAUGCCCCGGGUGCGAGUCGCCUCUUCUCUGCGCGCAGCAUCUGGAAAAUAUGCGCCUACGUGAGAGACAGUCUGUGAACGCCGUUCGAGAAUGCUGAACUUACUCUCAUGUGAUCUCGAGUGACGGUAUCGAGGGAGACUGUAACAGUGUUGUUAGUGAUUCCUGAACAAUACGAGUACCGUCUUGCUGGUGGUUCGGACAGAAGCGGUCACAGUCGUGCACCGUUUUGCUGAAAUACCUUUGGGACUGCACAACUGAGGUGCCUGACAUGAGGGAGAGGGCCUUCCUCGUGGGAGUCUCUCUGGCGGCCGUUAUCUGCAUGACAGCCGUACACGCACACGCAAGCCGCGUCGUCGAGGUGCCGGAGGCGAACCCGUCGCCUACGAUGCCACCGGAAACGAGCCUCUCGCUGCGCGACAUCCUGCCUCUCAACCCCAAGCACUACGACAAGAACCGUGCUCCCAAGGUGCAGGGACAGCCCACAAUCGUCUACUUCCACGUCACCGUCCUGUCGCUAGAUUCCAUCAACGAGGAGUCAAUGACAUACGUGGCAGACAUUUUCUUAGCACAAAGCUGGAGAGACCCCCGGCUCCGCCUACCUGAGUAUAUGAGUGAAGAAUAUAGAAUACUGGAUGUUGAGUGGCUUCAUGACAUUUGGAGACCAGACUGUUUCUUCAAGAAUGCCAAAAAAGUCACAUUCCAUGAAAUGAGUAUUCCAAACCAUUAUUUAUGGCUCUAUCAUGACAAGACUCUACUGUAUAUGUCGAAAUUAACAUUGGUGUUGUCAUGUGCAAUGAAAUUUGAAUCUUAUCCUCAUGAUACACAAGUUUGUUCAAUGAUGAUUGAGAGCUUAUCUCAUACAGUUCAUGAUUUAGUAUUCAUAUGGAAUACAACAGAUCCACUAGUUGUGAACCCUGACAUAGAACUGCCACAGUUGGAUAUAUCUAACAACUAUACUGGAGAUUGCACCAUUCCUUACUCCACAGGUAAUUUUACAUGCCUGGUAGUUGUGUUCAACUUAAGAAGGCGCCUUGGUUACCAUCUGUUUCACACAUAUAUUCCUUCUGCUCUCAUUGUUGUUAUGUCAUGGAUAUCUUUCUGGAUUAAACCUGAAGCCAUACCUGCAAGAGUGACUCUUGGUGUAACAUCACUUCUAACAUUGGCUACACAAAAUACACAGAGUCAACAGUCCUUACCUCCAGUGUCUUAUGUGAAAGCCAUAGAUGUGUGGAUGUCUUCAUGUUCUGUAUUUGUGUUCUUGUCACUUAUGGAAUUUGCAGUGGUAAAUAACUACAUGGGACCAGUAGCUACAAAAGCAAUGAAAGGCUACUCUGAUGAAGAUAUACCAAAUGCACUAGAUGAUUUUAAGGAACUGGAACCUUGUGGUCGAAGUCCGAUGCGUCCAAUUACUGCUCAAAUGCCACAGUAUUCAACUUUCUGCCAUGGUCGAGAAACAGCUUUAUACAUCGAUAAAGUUUCACGAUUUUUCUUCCCAUUCUCCUUUUUUAUUCUUAAUGUUGUAUACUGGUCAACAUUUUUGUGAAUUCAGGGAGUUACUUUUUUUUUACAAGAACUUAAAAUUUUUAUGAAAGUCAGAUUCCAUAACUAAUGUCAUGGGAUUACGCUGUGUGCUUUCACAUUCUGGGAGCUGCUUGUGCAUGGACUCUUGUUGUCAAAACAUGAGAUAAAUGAUGCACUAAAGUGGUGCAACUGUUGACACAGUAUCUGGAAAGUGCAAAGUGUUUUAUUUCUUAUAAUGUAUGACAAAUUGUACUGUUAUGUACAACAAGAAGAUUUCUCAAAUGAAUUUGUAAAGUCAUAUAGUAUGAGAACUGUUUACUUGUUCAUUUUUUAUGUGUGAGAGUGGAAUGUGAGUGACAAAUAUAUAAAUAUGCUAUUACUUCUUCAAAUACUGUCUCUGAGUUCAAAUUAAACAGUGGCUUCAACGAAGUGUUGUGUUAGGUUAAGAUCAACUACCAUUUUUGUACUAUGCUAUAUGUCAUGUCAGUAUUGGUUAAUGACUUCUGAUAUAAACAUUAUAAAUGUGUUAUGAUAACACAGAUGCAAUGCAAUUUUAGGCAUU